AUGGUCGCGCCUAUGCUAUCGCGCGCAGCGAGGGUCAUACUGGUCGGCCCGCCAGGCGUUGGAAAGGGCACGCAAACAGAGCGGCUGAUGCAAAAGUUCCCUCAAUUGCAGUCAAUCAGCUCGGGCGAUUUAUUGAGGAAAAAUGUUCGCGACCGGACUCCUCUCGGCAUACAGGCCGAGUCCAAGAUGAAGGCUGGCGCCUUAGUACCCGACACCAUGAUUUUACGACUGAUCAUCAACGAGUUGACGACCCGCGGAUGGAUUCAUGACAGUACGCUACGGCCCUAUGCCGUCUAUUCCAGCUCAUUCGCCAUGGAAAGGGCAGAUGCCUCGGUGGACUCGGUCAUGAUACCAUCGCAAAUCAAGACAUCCAAGUAUACCUUCUCAGACCAACCCUCAGCCUCUUUCAUCCUCGACGGCUUUCCGCGAACCGCCAUGCAAGCCAUUCAGCUGGACAACAUUGUCCCCAUCAACCUGGUGGUGAAUCUCAAUACUCCUAGCGAGAUCAUCAUCGAUCGCAUUUGCAAUCGCUGGGUCCAUGCGCCUUCAGGGCGCGUCUACAAUACCACAUUCAAUGCGCCCAAGGUGGAGGGCAAGGACGACGUCACUGGAGAGCCACUCACGCGACGCCCAGAUGAUGACCCGGAUGUGUGGAAAGCACGACUGAAGAGUUUCAAGGAGAACAACGAACCGCUGCUCGAGCAUUACGACAAGCUCGGUGUAUUAUGGACUGCCAACGGUAACAGCAGUGACGAGAUCUCUCCACAGCUUUUCAAAGAGUUCGCCAAAAGAUUCAGUGUCGAACAGUGA